ACCCCCACGACGUGGAAAAGGGUACCACCUGAAAAACAACACGUGCAAGAGCAUCGAUGAAAUUAAAGAUGGGAGAAUAAUGUUUGUCCACUUGGGAAAUGGCUUUUCAGUUUAAUUUUGAUAUAGGCCUACAAGAGCAAGAUAAUUGUGAUGAUGAUCACGUUGUAGGUUCAAGUUCAGGUCCCAGCAAAGAUGAUUCAAGCAAGACCAAGGACAUUUUAAGACCCGCCAAGGAAUUGUACGCCCCUCCCACUCUGACAACAACUGAGUCUUGUGCAGUGGAAACCUUGAAAAUUGGCAACUUGGAGUUGCACUUCCUGAACCCUGAGGCCGUGGAAUUUGACAGACUGCUUGGCAGCAUCGAAUAUGGCAGUGACAUUUCCAAGGCGGCAGAAAGUCACUCCGACCUCAUACCCAAUGUUUAUGAGGGUGGUCUGAAGGUUUGGGAGUGUUCCAUAGAUCUGGUACACUACCUACACGAGGCAGAGUUACCACUUGAGAACAAGGACAUCUUGGAGCUGGGCUGUGGGGCCGGACUGCCAGGCAUCUAUGCCCUCAAGAGAGCAGCAGCUGCUGUCCAUUUCCAAGAUUACAAUGAGGAGGUGAUUGAGCACAUGACAAUCCCCAAUGUCGCAUUGAACCAAUCUGACAAAGCACCAACCAGUCAAGACCUUCGAUUCUUUUCUGGAGACUGGAGCUUGGUACAGGAGAAGAUAGUCUCUGCACAUCCAGAUGCAAAGUAUGAUGUCAUUCUGACUUCGGAAACAAUUUACAGCCUGGAGUCACAUGACAAGUUGUAUAAGAUUCUGCGAGCUCUGCUGAGACGAGAUGGUGUGGUACGGCUAUCCAGAUAUAUUGCUGCCAAGACGCACUACUUCGGCGUUGGAGGAGGGACUAGGAGUUUCCAAGAUGUGGUGAGGCAGCGCGAAGAAUUCAGCAUCCAGGUCUGCAAGACGUUCACCGAUGGAGUGAAGCGGGAGAUUUUGAAGAUGGCAUUCUUGGAGACAUCUUGAAAAUUGCAGCAGGAUGUUGCCAUAGGCUCUGCGGGAUGCCGAGCAUGAGAAAGUGUUACCGCUGAAAGAGGAUGCAUCCUUGAAGACUUGACGAGAUUUUCUUCCUCCAAGGGGCAGGAGUCCUGGUACAUCAUUGGCUUGUCACUUCGAGAGCAGUUUUGUAGCCUAGGCCAACAAAUCCUAGUCCGAAUUUGGCCAGUUUGAGUCCAAGUCCCUCAAAAAUCGACUGAAGUUUUAACAUUAUGAGUCCUGUGAUACCGAGCUGUUUGAAAAGUCUAUUGAUGUAAUUUACUGCCCCUCCAAACAUCAAAGAUAAAGAUUGGAUCUCUGAACUGGAAGCAAAAUGCUGGUUUUGUGACAGGCUACAUGGAGGCAACGAGUCCGGCCCAAACCCUUACAUUAAAAAUGAGCUCCCCACUUGAAGACACUACCGUCACGAACAACAAGAAAUUCCUUCCAAAGAGCUCAGUUGCAGACACAGAAUUGUUUUAUUGUUAGCAUCAUGAUUAUUUUAGAUAAACCAAGACAAAGACAUCAACAAAAAGCAUUAUGUGAUAUUAUAGACAACUGUAAUAUUGUCUUUUAAGAUUAUCAGAUCCCCACUAAUUACAACAGAUGAAUAUAUUCAAUGUAUGUGCUGUGCACUUUCAAAUGA